AUGGCCGAUCUCAACGAGGCCCUCUCCAAAAUCCGACCGCACACGUCCUCGAGCCUCGCCCAUCAAAAAGCGCCGGCGACUUUGCUGCACGCGCUCGAAUCCACACUCGACGAGCAGGGCGCUGAACGGACACCGACAGCGUACUACGCUGCACUUCUUACUACGCUUGAUGGGACUGUGCAAAAGGAGAAGCAGGCUGGGUUGAAGCUGGGCGAAGGCGAUUUACUGCCUGCAGAGCUGUAUCUGCUUGCGCUCGUCGCACCUUUCGCGCCCGCGCCGGUCAUUCGGUCGAACCUGAAUACUUUAUUGGCCUUGACUGCGCCAUUAUUCCCUGCAUUGCACCCUCACCCACCUGCUCUUCGCUCUCAGCUGGGCAUCUACGGCUCUACUUUUGUCUCUCUCGACCGCAACCAGCUGGACGUCCCCACCGUGCGCCAAUCAUUCGCGUCGAUCUUACAACUCUGCCUGGACCCGCGACCGAAAGUGCGCAAACGCGCUGGGGAGGUCAUCAACGAUGUAUUGUCGUCACCACCUGCGCCGCUUGCAAGUCACCCGUAUGCUGUGAGGGUCGCGGAGUGGAGCAAGAGUACGCUCGCGGACGCCAAUGCGAAUGUGAUCGCGAAGGGCAAGGGGAAGCAGGAUAUGGAGAGCGCCGAGGUCGCUAUUCAUCUGCUGCAGUUGUUGAAGGUCAUUGCCAGGAGGCUACCCUCAUCCUCCCUGCCGGCACUCGUCCCGCACCUGCUUUCCCUCCCACGCCUCGGCAACCCGUUCCUGUCCCAAUCGGCCUACUCUCUCCUGACCUCCCUCCUCACCGCACCCACCACCGACGAAGAAGACGAGCCCACUUCACAAAACGUGUCCACUGAGAUCCCGGCCAUCCUCAAAGCCGUUCUCUCGUCCCCACCCUCGCGCACGGACAACACCACUGCGCCCGCAUGGCUCGGUCUGCUCGGCACAGCACUGACGGCCGCGGAUGAGAAGCUCAGGACGAGCGAAUUUGGGAAGGUCUGGAAGGCCGCUUGGGCGUUCUUGGACGCGAACGACGCGUCGGUGCGCAAAGCGGCGGCGGCUUCGCUCUCGGUGUUGAGCGGGUGCAUCACGUCCGAGCUCGUCAAGCCCGCGUUGGCCGAAGACGACGAGCCAAAGAGCGCGCUCGGCAAGAUCGUGCGGACGAUCCACAAAUCACUCGAUACCCUCUCCUUCGCGCGCGCAAUGCCGGAGCUCCUCGCCGUCCUUUCCGCCCUGAUCACCUCCCUCCGCCCUCACUCUCCCGCAGCCGAGAAGCUGCUCCUCCCCAUCGUCGUGCGCGUAGGCGGUCUACGCGUCCUUACCGGAUUCGAAUACAAGGAAUCCGCCGACUUAGUCCUCGGCGCAGCAAUGGGUACAAUGGGCCCGCACGUCCUGCUACAACCCACCACUCUCCCGCUCAACAUCGAGCCCUCCGACCGUACCGCCGGCCGUUCCCCGCGCGCAUUCCUCCUCCCGCUCCUCACAUCGCCGCACCCGUCGCCUCUAUCGCACUUCCUCUCGUACUUCGUACCCUUGUCCGAACGGAUGUUCAAUUACCAGCAAGAAGCCGAGGAUGCGGGUCGGUCAGCGGAGGCGAAGAUGUGGGGCGUACUGGUGUCGCAGAUUUGGGCUGGUCUGCCGGCGUAUUGCUAUGCGCCGAAUGAUCUGCAAGGGUCAAUGACGCCCGAGUUCGGACAGAUGUUGAGCGGGGUGAUGUACGGCCAGCCCGAGCUCCGCGCGCCGGUUCUCCGCGCUUUGCGUACGCUCGUCGAGUCGAACGUCGCAUUGUCCAAGGGCGACGAGGAGUACAUCGCCAAGUACCCUGUCAUGAGAGGGAAGGACUCUGCGCUGGGAGAGAAGAACGUGCAGUUCUUGAGGGGCCAGGCCGAUAGUUGGCUCGCGGUGCUGUUUAAUGUGUUUGGGAGCGUUAGUAGGGAGAGUAGAGGGAUGGUUGGGGAGGUUAUUAGUGCGUGGGCUGGAAUCGCUUCUGAGAAGUCCAUCGCACAAGCCCACGCCAAAGUUCUCGCCCUCUUCAAAACUUCCCUCGCAACGCCCACCCGCUCCAUGCCCACAGCAGACAACCAAACAGCAAUGACACAAGACAUCCUCCUCUUACUCCUGCCUUACCUCUCUACACCGGACGCAUCGUCACUUUUCGAACUCAUCCUCCAACCGGCUGUGCUCGCGCAUAGCGAUAACGGCGUGCAGAAGCGCGGGUACAAGAUCCUCGCCAAGUUGGUCGAGAGUAAAGGGAGCGAGGUCGUUGGUGGAGCGGGCGUGGAGGGGGUGUUGAGUAGGUUGGAUGGGGUUGUUGAAGGAUUGAAUCCCGCUGCAAAGAAGGACCGCAUGCACCUCUACGCCAACCUCCUCCCCCUAAUCCCGUCCACCUCACUCCACAUCAUCCCCCAACUCAUCCCCGAAGCCGUCCUCGGCACUAAAGAGCCCUCCGAGAAAGCGCGCACGGCGGCGUUCGAGCUCGUAGUGGCUAUGGGGAAGAAGAUGGCCGAGGGCGGUGUUGUGAAGCGCGAUCUCGUUAACGCUGGCGGAGAUGAUCGAGAUGAGGAGAUGGCGGAGGGGGGAGAGGAAGAGGCGAAGGCGAGCGUUGAGGAGUAUAUCACGAUGCUGGCUGGUGGGUUGGCCGGCGGAUCGCCGCAUAUGAUCAGUGCGACGAUUACGGCGCUUGCGAGGGUGGUAUUCGAGUUCCACGACUCGAUAUCCGCGAACAUGCAAACAGAACUCCUAACAACCCUCCUCGUCUUCCUGCCCUCCACAAACCGCGAAAUCGUCAAAUCCGCCCUCGGCUUCCUCAAACUCAUCCUCUCGCACUCCUUCCCCAAACCCAUCAUCACACCGCACCUCCCGCAACUAGUCCCCGCGCUCCUCUCGCGCGCGCACGACCACAAGAACCACUUCAAGGUCAAAGUACGGCACAUACUUGAGAGGUUGAUCAGGCGGUUUGGGUACGAUGAGGUUAGAGGGGCUGCUGGAGAAGGGGAGGGAGUGAAGGUUCUAGGAAAUAUUAAGAAGAGGAAGGAUAGGGCCAAGAGGAAGAGGGCUGCUGCUGAGGAGGCGGGCGAGGACAGUGAUGGGGAGGGCGCGAAGGAGGUUAGAGGAGCGAAGGCGGGCGACGCGUUUGAGGACGUGCUUUAUGGAAGCGAGAGCGAGAUUGAGGACAGUGAUGAUGACGAAGGUGGUGCGGCGGCCAAGGGGAGGAGGGGACAGCCGCAGGUGAAGGGAGCGAAGGGAGCGAAGGAGUUCGGUGCGAGGUUGAGAGGCGAUGAUGAGCAGCCCAUGGAUCUGCUUUCGGGCGCUGCUACACGUGUUACCAAUGCCCAACAAAAACGCCGCAAACCCGGCCAAGACGCCUCGCACUUCACAACCGACACCGACGGCCGCAUGGUCAUCGACUCCUCCGCCUCUUCCGACGAAGCCGGCGCCGCAGCCGACGACGUAGCAGGCACAGCCUACCGCGAACAAAUGACCUCCGCCGACGGCUUCACGCGCGACGCCCGCGGCCGUGUCAAGUUCAACAAAGACACCAAAAAGCGUCGCCGCGAGAACGCGGACGAGGAUAACAGCAUGGACGUUGAUAUUGACGCUGCGAUGGGUAUCAAGGAGCGGCCGGCGAAGAGGAGAAGUGACGGUGCGAGUGGGCUGGGCAGGGAGUUCAAGGCGAAGAAGGCCGGGGGUGAUGUUAAGAAGGGUGGGGUUGAUCCUUACGCGUAUGUCCCGCUGGGACAGGCGGCGAAGAAGGGGGGCGUUGGGAAGAAGGCCAGGAGCGGGAUCGCGAAGCGUGCGUGA